AUGCCGUCACCUAAUCCAUUUCAAAACAUCGGGAGAAAUCUGCUUUACCUCAUCGGAGGUCUUGCCGUUUCUGUUUAUAUGACCAAAAAGCUAACAAGAGCGAACAAAGUAACUCAGUUUGACCGGAUGCAGGAAAAAGCCAAAAACGAAGAGGAAUACUACAAAAACUUGGCUCACGUUAAGCCAGGAUUCCCUAUUUCAGCAGAUGACUCCAAAGAGACAAGGAAAAGUGAAUUCGAAGGCUCAGGACUGAGCUAUUUGAGCAGGAAGGGCGGGGACAGACUAGGGUUUUUCGACAGAAGAAACAAAGAUUGA